GUUUCGCCCGUCGGAAGACUCCUGAAGCCGGCGUCCUCGUUGCAGCGAUGCGUGCAUAAAUCUUCAUUGAUUUGGAUAUACCUCUAGACAGUGUUGUGGAUGCCCACUAGACCCAUCGCCUCUGCUUCGGCAAUACGCCACGAGCUUACACCAAUAAUGAGUAGAUCGUUUGUCACCGACUCCACGGAGGACCUCGCAUAUACCUUGACACAAGAGGAUAGCCGCGAGCCUAGUGACAGCGGCCACGAGGACUCUGCACCCCCUAGCCUCUUCAGAAGCCUUGUUCUGAGGCUUCGAAUAUGCUUCUUUUUAUUUGGGACGAUUAACAAUGUGUUAUAUGUGAUUAUUCUGUCUGCUGCAUUAGACCUCGUCCCCACCGGGACACCCAAGGGGAUCAUCGCAUUCUGCAAUAUUGCUCCUUCUCUGGCGGCCAAAAUUGGAUGGCCUUACCUCCUUAAAGGGAAGAUACAGUAUAAACAAAGGAUUAUUGGAUGCUGCUUUAUGAGUGUUAUGGGGAUGACUGUUGUGGCCGCCUUUAACUAUCUCUCGAUGCGUCUGCUGGGCAUUGCUUUAGCGUCACUCUCCUCCGGCCUCGGCGAACUCACCUUCCUUCAACUGUCGACAACGUAUACAUCGAGCGGGGUUUCCGGUGAUGCAUUAGGAUAUUUCGCGUCUGGCACUGGAUGCGCCGGACUUCUCGGAGCAGGCUUAUGGUGGGUUCUGAGGGGUCUUGGGGUACAGCUCGGCGUGGGCCUUUCGUCGUUGCUACCCUUCGUGAUACCAUUAGCCUAUUUCCUCGUUCUUCCCACUGCAACCAACUUUCUGAAUGCAGGGGCCUAUACACCUUCCGAACAUGGGCAUUACAUGGGGAUUCCAUCGACUGAAAUUCCGGCAGAAAGCCCGAGCAUGAUUAUAACCUCAAAUCGUGACAAUGCCUCCUCCGGUGCCUCGUCCGUUUCCCUAACUCCCGCUGACAAAUGGCGUCUCGUUCGCCCUCUGAUAUUGCGAUAUAUGGUCCCAUUAUUCUGUGUCUACACAUUUGAAUACACAAUCAAUCAAGGCAUAUCUCCUACACUAAUUUUUGCAGUCCCUAAACCUUCCCAACACCCUGUGCUGAGUCACAUCGUGAAGAGCAUUAGAGACUACUAUCCGCUCUGGCAGCUGAUCUAUCAAACAACCGUUUUUCUCUCCCGCUCUUCCAUUUCACUAGGCCUCCCUCCGCUUCCUCGAAAGUACCUCCCGGUGCCUGCAAUCUUACAAGCAUUCAUUUUGAUCUUCCUCUUCCUUGAAUCGUCGCGUGGUAUCAUCCCUCCCGGGGAGACCGGACAGCCUGAUGACGAUGAGAGCGCUAGCAUCCUAUGGGUUGCAUUCUUUAUUGCUAUUGAAGGGAUUUGCGGAGGUUCUGCAUACGUGAAUGCGUUCUACCAUGUAGGUCAUGAGGAUUUGGAUGUCGCGAGUCAGGAUCCCCUCGCGUUCGAACGGCAAGCCCAGGAACGAGAGUUCAAGAUUGGUGCUAUUGGUCUCGCGGAUACGUUCGGCAUCUUGACGGCUAGCCUGUUAGCCGUACCUGUGGAGAUCAAGCUUUGCCAUGAUCAGAUCUCCCGCGGAAGGGAGUUAUGCAGGAAAGUGUAACGAUGCAAUGCAGGGGCGUGGCUGCUUGGAACUGUUUUUGGGAACUGCGUUUCUUUCGGCAGGCACUAUUGGUGGUCAUUGGUGACCUUAAUGCAUUAGUUUGAAGCAGUGGCAAUUGUCAACGAUUCGUGGGCCGUGAUGAUUGGACGCCCGUUUGAUUAUCCGGUCUGGCGCACCGCGGCGGUUUCACCACUCAGUGCCGCCACCAUUGAUCAUUAAAAUGCCAAGAAGUGAAACGUGUGACACAUCCAUCAGCGACCAUUGCGACCAGCUCCUGUGUGGAUUCUGUAUUUGGGAAUGUAUAAGAAUCAGUGUGAUCGCUAGCCCCAGCGGUCUUCACUCCUGCGUCUAGAGAAAGCUUAUCCGUAGCCGAAUAGUACAGGGAUAUCUGUGAUGUUCUCUGUGUAAUAACUGCGCAGCGCGAUACCUCAAUUAGUGAGGUAUCAGCUGCUAGCGCAAGUCCGGUCCUUAUAUACAUCUUG